UUCAAGCAGUUAGGAAAUUAUUACAACAGAUACAUCUAUUGAUGUGAACACACAAAUAAUUUUUACAUUUUGAAAAUUUCUCAGAGAAGUCACGAGAAUACCCGAAAUGGAUCACCGAGAGGACAGCAGACCAGAAUGGGGAAAAUCAGUUAGUAAGGUCUGCCUGAUGCCCCAACGUGUUGUGCUGGUGUUGAUGGGAUUCUUCAGCCUCAUCUGCACCUUCACCUGUCGCGUGUCCUUGUCCCAUGCCAUCACUAUAUUGGCGGUAUCAAAUAAGACCAAACAGAAUACUACCGACGAGCUGCCAGAAGGCGUUUGCCCACAGGAAGAGGAGGGGAAAGACGCUGUGGUGCAUAAGGGAAUAUACACGUGGAGCGAGACUGAGAAGGGCUUCAUCCUAGGCAGCUUCUACUUUGGCUACCUUAUCUCCCAUUUGCCAGGAGGCGUUUUGGCCGAUAAGUACGGUGCCAAAUGGGUGGUGGCCUUCUGCGUGGGGGUGACGGGGAUUUGUGAACUCCUCAGCCCCGCAUCCAUUUCCUGGGGACCGUACGCUUUGAUUACCCUUCGUGUGCUGAUGGGCAUUGCCCAAGGUCCGAUAUUUCCCGGAUUGAAUGGUCUCCUAUCCUCUUGGGUCCCGAAGAAGGAGAGAGGCACCCUAGGCACCCUGUGCUUUGGCGGCAGUACAAUGGGCAUCAUAUUAAGCAAUGCCUGCUCCGGCAUGCUCCUGCAUCACUUUCACUGGUCCGUCAUGUUCUAUGUAUUCGGAACUCUGUCAGUAAUUUGGUUUAUUAUCUUUGCCGUCAUCUGCACUAGUUCCCCGUACUCCCAUCCGUUCAUUAAGCCCAAGGAGCGCGAGUAUCUGGCCGACGAAGUUGGAAACGUCAAUAAGGAUAAGCCUGCAAUACCCUGGAAGCCACUGAUGCUCAGCAUCCCGAUGCUCAGCCUGAUCAUCAGUCAGAUGGGCCACGAUUGGGGAUACUACGUGAUGGUUACCAAUCUGCCCCUCUACAUGGCCGAUGUAAUUCGUUUUUCCAUACGCUCCAAUGGACUGGCCACCGCCCUUCCCUACAUCGCCAUGUGGAUAGCUUCCAUAAUCAGUGGCCUUGUGGCUGACUGGCUUAUUCGUAAGGAAAAGCUGAAACUGGUCACCGUGCGAAAACUAUUCACACUUCUGUCCGCCGUCUUGCCUGGCAUCUUCAUGAUAGCUGCCUCGUAUGCGGGCUGCAACAAGGCGCUUGUCGUCGCCUUGUUCACAAUAUCCAUGUUUACCAUGGGCAUGUACUAUGCUGGCCAGAAGUUGUCGGCCCUGGAUAUAAGUCCCAGCUACUCCAGCACCAUAACGGCUGUCAUCAACGGUCUCGGCUCCUUUACAGGCCUAUUCGCUCCUCCCAUAAUUGGACUUAUUACUCCAGAUAAAAACAAUACUCAAUGGCGUAUUGUAUUUUGGAUUUCUGCCAUAAUAUUGACAUUGUCGGCCAUCGUCUUCUGGGUAAUCGGAAGCGCUGACGUUCAACCCUAUGAUCCCAUGUACGAAAAAAAAGACAAGCCCGAAGAAAACAAGAAUAAAUAAUCAAAUUUCCAUCUACGGUGCGCGAAGGCACCUUCAAAAUUUCUAAUAUUCAUAAAAUUCUGUUCAAAAUUCGUAAAAUUUAAUUGGCGUUUCGAACCGAUUCGCCUACUAAUGACAACUCAAAAGAAGACGAUUUUCCCUUCGAACUAGUGAUGUUAUGUUUACCCGAAUCCUAGCUAUAGAACUUACU